CAGGUAUAGUUAGGACGGACUGUAUUUCAUUUGCAGACCAAAAUGAUAUUUUGAUGCCUUGUGUAACAAGAAAACAUAAUUUCUAAAUUUUACAAGACGAAGUCUCACCAAGGAAUAUUUAUCAUGUGAUUGAACACGACAACACCACAAGCCCGGAAAUAACAAGCCUCGGUGAAUCAUCAUCCAUUCGACAGAUAUUUGCAGUGGAAGACCCAAUGUCUUAAAAAAACUAUGGCAGCUAAAAAUAUAGGGGCAGAAAAAACGGACAAAAAGUGGCAUGCACAUCUGUUAAGUAAGUUGGAUGGAAAGCUGACAGAUGAGGAGGUGAGAAAACUGAAGCACUUUCUUGGGACUGCGGAAACGCUCACCCUCAAUGAACUGGGGAAGUGCAGUAAUUUUUGCGAUGUGUGGAACAGUCUUGAAAGGGCACGAAAGCUGGCAAUCGGUGAUUACGACGAACUGAGUGAGUUGAUGGAGAUGCUCAAACGCAUGGACUGUGUUGGUGUGAUCAUUGACCACAAGGGCAGAAUAGAAGAUUACCGUGCAAAGCAGCAUCUCUCACAGUCUCAGAAAACGUCUGUCGGUAGGCCUUCAGAUGGCGCAGUGCCUAAAACUACGGCAAGUGAUGAGAAAGAAUGCUCUCAGUCUCAGAAAACGCCCGUCGGUAGGCCUUCAGAUGGCGCAGCGCCUAAAACUACGGCAAGUGAUGAGAAAGAAUGCUCUCAGAGUCGGGGUAAAUCUCUAGUCAAAGCCGCCGGAGACGGAGAUACUGCAUCAGUCCUCAAAUUGCUAUCAGAUGGAGCAGAUGUAGACUAUAUAGACUAUGAGAUAAUGGAUAAGGACGGCUUGACUGCGCUAAUGCUCGCCUCCCUAAACGGUCACCUUGAUGUCGUAGAUGCUCUAUUGAAAGGCGACGUAGAGGUUGACAAAGAGCAAAAGAACGGCUGGACGGCGCUAAUGAUCGCCUCCCAAAAAGAUCACAUUGGUGUCGUAGAUGCUCUAUUGAAAGGUGGCGCAGAGGUUGACAAAGAGCAAAAGGACGGCUCUACGGCGCUAAUGACCGUCUCCCAAUUCGGUCAGCCUGAUGUUGUAGAUGUUUUAUUGAAAGGUGGCGCAGAGGUUGACAAAGAGGACAAGGACGGCUGGACGGCGCUAAUGAUCGCCUCCCUAUUCGGUCAGCCUGAUGUUGUAGAUGUUCUAUUGAAAGGUGGCGCAGAGGUUGACAAAGAGGAAAAGGACGGCUGGACGGCGCUAAUGAUCGCCUCCCGAUUCGGUCAGCCUGAUGUUGUAGAUGUUCUAUUGAAAGGUGACGCAGAAGUUGACAAAGAGAUGGAGGUAAUACACCAAAACUUCCAUUCAUCUUAA